AUGUCUAGCUCAUCUAGCUCUAGCGAUGAUGAAAUGAUGAAGACGUUCUUUCUUAUAGGAGCUGUUGUCGUUGAGGAAGAAGAACAAGAGAAAUGUUCAACUUCAGUUCAACACAAACGACGUAUCGUGCUCCAUCGAAACCGACUGGAAGGCCACAAUCAGUUAUUCCAAGAUUAUUUUGCUGACGCACCAACCUAUCCUCUUUAUUAUUUUCGUCAAAGGUUCAGAAUGACGCGUUUGUUAUUCCUUCGAAUCCACGACACAGUCGUCGAACAUGACAAGUACUUCGUCCAAAAGAGGAAUGGUGCUGGACAGUUAGGACUAUCUAGUCUUCAAAAGAUUACUGCAGCUAUGCGGAUGCUCGCAUAUGGAGCAUCCGCUGACGCCGUUGACGACUACGUUCGGAUCGGUAAAAGUACGUCGCUUGAGAGCGUGAAGAGGUUCGUUCGAUCGAUUAUCAACAUCUUUGGAGAGGAAUACCUUCAUGCACCGACUAAUGAAGACGUUGCACGCCUGCUCGAGGAAGGCUCACAACGAGGUUUUCCUGGUAUGCUUGGGAGCAUCGACUGCAUGCACUGGACAUGGAAGAACUGUCCAACUGCCUGGCAAGGUAUGUAUACUGGACAUUUUCAUGAACCCACAAUUAUUUUGGAGGCCGUAGCUAGCAAAGAUCUUUGGAUAUGGCAUGCCUUCUUUGGACUGCCGGGGUCUCACAAUGACCUUAAUGUUCUACAUCGUUCACCGGUUUUCGCACAACUUGCGGAGGGAAGAGCUUCACCGUGCAACUAUACUGUCAAUGGCCACGAGUAUAAUAUGGGAUACUAUCUCGCCGACGGGAUUUACCCAGAGUGGUCCACAUUAGUGAAGACUAUUCCAGCACCACGAGGAAAUAAGCAUAAAUACUUUGCUCAACAACAAGAGAGCGCAAGAAAAGAUGUUGAGCGAGCUUUUGGCGUGUUGCAAGCUCGAUGCUUAAGGGAUCCAUCGCCGAGGAUUAAGUUUCUUUAUGUCUAA